AUGACGCGAGUGGGGCAUGCUGUCGCUUUGGCGAUGGGUUCUAUCAGCCUGUGCCCACCUGCUCUUGGUCUCGGCGUGCACUUGCGAACAGGGUCAGAAGCAGACGGCGAAUCCGCCGAGUGCGGGACGCCAGCUAUGACCUUCCCAGAGUUCAUCAAGAAGUUCGACAAGGGAUACGAGCCCGGCAGCAAGGAGUACGCCGAGCGCGAGGCGCUCUUCGCUAGCAGGGCCGCGCACGUCGCGGAGCACAACUGCGAGCAGAGGGGCCCGUGGGAGGCCACCGUGAACCACCUCGCGGAUUGGACGGACGCGGAGCUGCAGCAGCUCCGCGGCCACGUACGGAACUGGGGCGCCUCCGCGACGGCCGGCUUCUCCACGGGGCUGAGCUCGCCCAGCGCGGACAUGGUCUCCGACGGCGAGAAGUGGCCGCGCAUAUUCCACCACAAGCAGGAGAACCCGCUCUCCAAGUAUCCGAGCGCCUUCUCGUGGAGCAACCUCACCUCGAUCAAGGAGGAAAAGAACCAGGGUCAGUGCGGAAGCUGCUGGGCAUUUGCGUCCGACACCGUGCUGCGCUCCCACGCCGAGAUCGCUGGGCGCGACCACCAGUUCUCGGUCAGCCAGAUCGUCUCCUGCGCCCCGAACCCGAAGCACUGCGGCGGCACCGGGGGCUGCAAGGGGUCGACAGCCGAGCUCGCCUUCGAGUACGUCAUGCACGCCGGGCUGGUGUCCGCCACGGAAUUCCCCUACCCCACCGGCGGCGGCAAGGAUGUGUGCCCCCCGAGCAUGGCGACCCCCGAGAAGGAGACCGUCACGCCGUUCCGGCUGACGGAGGACGGCAGCGAGGUUCACUCGUGGAGCUCUUCUGAUUCCAGGCACAAGAAUUGGAACAACAUCGGAAUGACCGGAUGGACCAAGCUGCCCGAGAACAAGGAGGACUCUCUGGUGCGUGCGCUCGUGGAGAGUGGGCCCGUGGCCAUUGCCGUCUCGGCCGGCUUCGAGUGGAACUUCUACUGGAGGGGCGUGAUGAACCACAAGGCCUGCGACAAGGAUCACGUCAUCAACCACGCGGUGGUCCUCUUCGGCUACGGGGAGGAUUACUCCCAGCGCUACUGGCUCAUCAAGAACUCGUGGGGGUCCCACUGGGGCGAGAAGGGCAACCUCCGGCUCGAGCGGACGAAGGAGGAGGAGAAAGCUUGCGGCUGGGACCGGAAGCCGCAGAUGGGCUCCGGGUGCGACGGGGGGCCGAAGGAGGUGUGGGUCUGCGGCACUUGCGGGAUCCUCUACGACACCGUGAUCCCCCACUUCCUGCCCGCGGCCGGAGGCGCCGCCAACCUCGCGCAGCACCGCGGCCAGCACCGCUGGCUGAGGUAG